AUGAUCCACUUCGACGUCUUCGACGCUCGCGAUCUCUUGUUCCGACGAGACGCAAGCUUCCCGCCCGGCGACAACAGUAGUGAUACCGUCAUUGGCAAUAUUCACUUCAACGCCACAGCCCUCGAUAACAACAAUUAUACCUUUUACCCGGGCAACAACACAUUGUCCAACAUAUCCGAUUGUUACCUCGUAUUUGCGCCUUACUCGCCAGUAUUGGUACGGGCCAACGGCAGCUUCCUCAACGCGACAACAUGUUACAGCUCCAUCAACCCCAUUGGUAAACGCGGCUACGCCGGCAUUGGUCUUGGUGUUUUUUACGCUCUUUCCAUUGUCCUCACUCUCGUUGCGCUAGCCAAGCAUGGCGCAUUGUAUCUCCGCACCACAAAACGUUUCUACCCCAUCGGUCGAAGAUGGCAAUGGUACUGGGCAUGCCUUGUCGCUGCCUGUGCCCUUGUCAGCCUCUUUUCCAAUGUCGAAAUUGAGCGAUACUAUCUCCAGGAUCUGCCAAUUAUCCUUUGCGUCUUCUUCUGGUUCCUCAUGUGUAUGGGAACUGUCGCUCUGGUAUGGGAAUCUGUGCGGCACUGGGGGAGCUGGCUGGAGAGACAGUUUAUUGAUCCAAACCCUUUUGUGUAUCGUGAGGAUGAUAGACGGGCUAAGCUUGAAUUCUGGCUGCCUUUAUGGUUCUAUUUUUGGUUUUGGAUGAAUUUCUUCAUGGUUGUUCCCAGGAGUUGGAACUUUGUCAAGUCCCAGCAUUCAGUCGAACAGACAAACGCCGUGGCUAUUCCUAAUGCUACAAGUGUGCGCUUCAAGGUUGGAGCGUUCUGUCUGGUCAUCUCAUGGCUCACCAUUCUAUUUUCCUUGCGACACUCCAUCCGGCACUACAAACCUCGUCACCGCGGCAUAUUCAACAGAGCUCUCGGAUUCAUUCAAGCCGUCCCUCUUCGAUUUAUGCUCACCAUGCCCUUGGCGCUUGCAUUGAUUGCCUAUCAAGCAGUGAUAUCGUUCAUCUGGGACUUUUCACUCGUCAAGGCGGACGGAAACAUACCAAUCAUCAUGGCUUGGGGUUACGGCCCUUCCCUGCUCAUCAUAUACAUACAGAUUGUGUACGGAUACGCCUCGCCCAAUGAGGACAAGGAACUCAUCAGGCAGCGAAGGGAACGUGGAGAUAUUGUGGAUCGUGAACUCGGCGUAGUCCAUAAACCGGCGUGGUGGAGGCGUGUGCGAGGUGAUCACCUCCGCACGAUGAGAGACAAGAUUGACCAAAAUGUCAAUGAAGUCGGCGGCGAGCGGGGGAUUGGUCGACGAGUCGAAAAUGAUGCUGAAAGAGAUGCCCGUCUCGAAGCCGAGCGUUCUGCCAUCAACAACGACGGCAUUGAGCUCAGCAGUCUUCGAGAUGACCCUCACAACCCGCGUGUUGAUAGAGCUGGGAUUCACAGCCUCAACAAGACAACUUCGGUUACCGACGACCCGUUGGCUAACCCGUACCUGGGAAAGAACGAUCGCCGUCACGCGGAGAGGCUUAUGCAAAGCGCCGCAACUGUCUUGUUCCCCAGCCAAGAACUUGCUAUGGAGCGAGCCAGGAGAGCGACUGAGCUCAUGGAGGACGGCCCGCCACCACCAUACAACGACAGGCAAAGGGGAGAAUCGGAGACGCAGAGGCCCUUGUCAGCACAGAGGACGAAUAGUACGUCUACAACAUUGAGCAUCAAUGCGGAACCACAGCAGGUAAGGAGCAUGUUGGAUAUUUAA